ACAUUGCGCUCCAACUUCAGUUCACUCCGCGACGUUAAACGUAACGGACGUGCUCGCGCUCUGUUUAAUAAAAUAUACGUUUAGCUUACUGUACUAUCAUUAAACAUCAGCAUUCCUUAGAUAAUUAUACUGUGUAAUAUUAUUAGUGAACCUGAACCGAGAAACAUUAACGGAUUCUAAAUAAGUACCAAGCUUCAUAUGAACUGUGAUCGUUAUUUUAACCGUUUCGAACUUUGCGGUGAGAAAAACGUGUGGUGUGCAGGAUCGAAAUGAGUGGAUUGACCAUCAGAGUUAAUAAAAGAGGAUCGAGAGGUAGUGACACUCUUCUCGAGGCAGCUAACAGGAUUCUCCGACUACUCGGCGUGAGCUCCACGAAGCGCGGGAAACAGCCCUCGCCCAAAACGAAGACGACCGGUGAAAUUCGGGCGCCGAUCGCGGCGGCGGAGUCCGCCGCCGAAUCUCCAAUCAAGAUGCAGGCGCAACCGGCCGCGGCGGCCAACAAGCGCACGGCCAAUGACUACAUCUUCCGAAAACUGAUUGGCGAGGGUUGUUACAGCACCGUGUUCUUCGCUACAGAUAUUCACACUGGGAAAGAAUAUGCAAUUAAAGUUUGCGAGAAACGUCAGAUUAUUAAAGAAAAGAAGAGGGAGUACAUAAAGAGAGAGAAAGAUGCUUUGAACAUGCUGUUCAAUGUGCCCCACGGUUUUGUCAAGUUAUAUUGUACGUUCCAAGAUGAAGAACGAUUGUACUUUGUGUUGUCUUAUGCCAAGAAUGGCGAAUUGUUGUCUUAUAUAAAUAAGGUUGGCUCUUUCGAGCUAAGUGUAGCUAAAUUUUAUGCCGCUGAGCUCUUAAUGGCCUUAGAAAGCAUGCACGCUAAAGGAAUCAUCCACCGAGACUUAAAACCAGAAAACAUUUUAUUGGACGAAAAUAUGCACUUACAAAUUGCGGACUUCGGUACAACAAAAAUUUUGGACCCAGAAGAGAUUCGUUCAACACCUAACAAGACUGAUGAUGACCAGACGUUGGCAGAGAAUGACAGACAGAGAAAGAUCAGUUUCGUCGGAACAGCGCAAUACGUAAGUCCAGAACUGCUGCAUAACCGCGUGGACACGCGCGCCUCCGACCUCUGGGCCUUGGGCUGCAUUAUCUACCAGAUGAUCUCAGGACUGCCUCCAUUCCGUGGCUCCAAUGAGUUCCUUACCUUCCAGAAAAUACUUAAAUUGGACUACGAAUUCCCCGAAGGCUUUCCCGCCGACGCAAAAGACUUAGUUGAGAAGCUUUUAGUUUUGGAUUAUUCCAAGAGGAUUGGCGCUAACGAUACGGGAAAUACUUAUGAAAGCAUACGAAACCAUCCAUUCUUCGAAGGGAUCAACUGGGAUAAUGUCUGGACGCAGUCACCGCCAACUAUAUCCCCGUAUUUGCCAGGCGGUUCUUUCGAAGAAGAAUAUCCUCUAGAUCACUUAGAGCCGGGCUUAGACCAAAACCAACUUGUGCGCCUGUGGAAGUUCGACUUAUCUACCUCAGAAGGAAUCUUAACCAUAAGUCCGGAAGAAAGGCGGCGGAGACUCGAAGCCCAAGAACGCGACAAUAAAUGGCACCAGUUCGUUGACGGAGAGCUGAUUCUAAAGCAAGGACUCAUCGAUAAGAGGAAGGGGCUGUUCGCGCGCCGGCGCAUGCUUCUGCUGACCACUGGCCCGCGGCUCUUCUACGUGGACCCGGUCAACAUGGUGCUCAAAGGAGAGAUCCCUUGGUCACCGAAGUUGCGCGUAGAAGCAAAGAACUUUAGAAUAUUUUUAGUUCACACGCCAAACCGCACAUACUACCUAGAGGACCCAGAAUCAUAUGCGCUAGAGUGGGCGCGAGUGAUCAACGAAGUUCGCAUCGGGACGUACGGGCGCGACACGACUUAAGCGCGCCGCCGGCGCCGCCACGAGUCGCGCCCGCACCCCGUGCUCCGAGCCCGCACCCCGCCUCCUCCACGGCGAGUGCACAUAGGAUACAUUCUAGCCAUCGUUACGAGCACGAACUAGCAAGGAAGCUUCAGUGACAUUGAAAGGUCUCGAAGGGAGUCGGCCACCGCCGGCCUCAGCGCCGCCGCGCGCCACAUAUGUUGAGAGCGCGCCGACGAGUGCCGCGACGACCGAACGCCCGCAGUCGAUCACGAUCGCUGUCGUUCCCGAACGACUGAUUCCUAAUAGUAUGUUCCGACUAAACUAAAUUAUUACUCUCGACUAAGUUCUUAUUUAAAUGUAGAUUCACGAUUAUUUUAAUGUGAUUAUAUGUAAAUAUUUGUCUUAAAUUAUUAUCGCGAUCGCAUAGUUGUAGUGUAAUGUAGUGAAUAAUCGUGGGCCGUUAGACUUCGAAGUGUACGGGCCCGUUGUAAGAAUGGAUUUGUAAUUCACCACCCGCGUGUUCACAAAGCCCAUUCCGGUUGGUAACUAGGCAAUUUUAGCUAAAUUAAUAUUAUUUAUUUUAAUUUAAUUUAUUUGCCAACGGAAUGCGACUGCUGUACAGUUAUAUAAAAAAAUUAGGAAAUUAUGGUUGGUACAUUUCUGGGACAGUAACGACCGGUCGUAGGUUAUUCAUAUUAUGAAUCUAUCAGUCGGUAUACGGCAAAUAUGAGUCGUUACGUCGGCUGUAGAAGUGGACCAACCGAGCGUAAGAAGGAUAGCUUCUUAGUAGCGGGGCCGGAACAGGGCGUAUACUGUGUACUGUGUAGCCCAGCACGCGCCAGGCACCAGGUGCCGGCGCCGGGCGCCCGGCCGCGCGGGCGCAGCUCGGCGACCGCGCAUGCGCUGCGCCCGCGACCUCCCUGCUUCUUCACUUGUGCAUCAUUUGCACUGUAAUCCUAAUGAUAAAACUUAGAGAAAGUAUACGGUAAAAUCGCCUAAGGUCAACUAAUGUUUGUAACGAGUUAUUCGAUUAAAAUAUAUCGUAUUUGUAACUGAAAUUACUUAAUGAAGCUGAAUUGGUUUCAAAUGAUUUUAAUUGUGUAUUUCGAGUACUAUUUUAUUGACAUGUGAGAUAUAUCAAACGCCACGAUCGAUGAUUAUAAAGCUAUGACCCAUAAUAUUGGCAAUUUGUUGUAAUAGCUUGUUUACUGUACCUAUAUGCCGACUUGCCUGAAAUAUUGUAUAAUUAGGCUUUAUUGUAAAGGUCCAUAGUUCAAUUAUUGUAACUAUUGAUUUAGUAAAAGAAUAGUGUAAUUAAAGUAUUUCAAGCACUAGCCUUAUUUCUUUUGGUAGAUAAAUUUGUACUUCAGACAAUGAAAAACAAUAGUUGUCAGCGUUAUUGGAUUUCUCCAUGACAUUGUUAAUUAUUAAUUCUGCAUUUAAACCUGUUAACUAUUGUAAUUAUAUUUUACAAUAUUUGUAUUGAUUAAAUUCUUUAAAAAGUAUCAGAAUAAUAAAAUGAACAUAAAUUGAAGUUGAUUUUUAAA